CCUCUCUCCCUCUCUCUCUCACCAAACAAACAAACAAAGCCGCCUUCAACUUCCAACUUGUAAUCUGCCACACAACAGAUUAAGUAGGUGCAAGGGAUUAACAGCCACAGAUUAAUCCCUAAUCUCCUUACAGCAGAUUCUCAAUGAAUUGAUAAAUCAUAAAUAAGAAACAAACCAAGGAAUCACAUGACUUGUUAAGCCAACAGAAUCAAUAUCAGCUUUCUGCGGCAAAAAUUCAUUGAUAUUUUGAGAGUUUACAGAGGAAAAUGAUUUUUCUCGUCUCUUUUUACUGUUACUGAAUUACCAUUCUAUUCGGAAUCUUGCCCUUGGGAUGAAAAGCUGAUGGCCAAAAGUAACAAACUUCCUGGUUACUUAGGAUGGCCCAUUAUAGGAGACAAGACUCAUGAUUUCUUGAAGAAUCCAGUCAAGUUUUUUGAGAAGUAUUCCGAAGUUUAUAAAUCAGCCAUAUUCCUCACACGACUUUUUAACAAACCAACCAUAAUUGUUGGAUCCUAUGAAGGAGUAAAACAGGUUCUUUGUGACCGUACCGAAGAGUUAAGUCAUGGCUAUAAAUUGUUCCUGAGUGAUUUGUAUGGAGAAAAUAUAUUCGUUGCAAAUGAUGACAAAGCUGAAGUCAUUCACAAGUUCCUGGCUGACCAAUUCUCCAAAGACAAUCUUCAUUCUUAUGAGUUGAUAAUUGAAAGAAUUAUUAAUGAGGAAAUGAGAAGUCUUGACAAAACUUCCCCAGUUGACAUCUACUCAUUCUUUAAAGAACUUUCUUCACUGAUUUGCUUCACGCUGUUCCUUGGCAUCGACGCCUCCCAGUCAAAGGAGCUCAUUCAGGAACUGACGGAUUUAACAACAAUCCAAUGGCAUGGAAUCACAACUUUUCCAUUGAAUCUCCAUGUCAGAAGACACAGUUCUCUGAGAUUUCGAAGAGCAUCAGAUGCCAAGACAGAUUUAUUGGGCAUCAUUAAAAAGCAAAGACCCAUAGCUCAAUGUGGCUUCGUAAAACAGGUGAAUAAUGUUCCGGAGACAAACGAUGACUCCUACAUCAACAGCAAUAUCCUUGUCUUUAUUUCUUCGCUGGUGUCAAAAGCAAUUGCAUCAUACCUGACGUCAUUCUUCAUCACAACGGGACAAAAUAAUCAUGUUGAACUUCAAGAGAAAAUGUAUGUUGAUAAGAACUUGGAAGACCAAGUUUUAUUGGAAACCCAGCGACUUUAUCCACCGUUUGUUUGUGGCAGGAAAUUAGCCAAAACUGAAUGUAUUAUUGAUGGCCACAAAGUCCCAGAAGGUUAUUCCAUCAUCUAUCUGACGUAUGCUGCUCACAGGGAUGAAAACAUCUUUGAAAAUCCAAAUGAUUUCAAUGCUGAUCGUUGGAAUGAAUUCUCUAAAAAGAAACUGUUUACAUUUGGUGAUGGACCAAGAAGCUGCAUUGGAUUUGAUAUAGUAAUGAGUAUUGUGAAGAGCAUUGUACAAAGAAUUAUUGCCCAAUAUGAAUGGAAAUUGCAGACAACUGAUGUGAUCCAAUACAAAUGGUUUCCAGUCAUCCGGCCCAACACUCCAGUCUGUGUGGAAUUCAGCUCCAAAGUAGAAAUACGACAUCUUGGAGACCAACAUUUCACAAGAUUUUGAGCAUUAUCGUGUUUGUUGAUGUUGCUUUUGCCUGCAAUCUUUCACUGCAAUGAUUGAAUGGAAACAUACGCAAACAUAGCCACGCAUACAUGCAUGCAUCAAUAUUAGUGUGGUCUGCUGAUAGCUUUUUCAUGCCUGCCAAGACUGAUAAAUAGAUAGGCGUUUACAGACACACAUAUACAUGUACAACAUCCAUGCACACCACACAUACACAACUUACGUGCACUACCCUAUACACACACACACACACACACACACACAAAUACUC